UGUAUGUAAACACAAUAAUGUUUGUAUUUGGUUCUUAAGCAAUAGAAAUGUUUUCAAAUAGUGCCAUCGAGUAUUCAAAUUCAUUUAUAAACAGUAAACAAUAUACAGAUCUUUUGAGAUGGACUCAAGUCAUCAGUUCAGCGUCCCACUUCGAGCAGGAGGCAAAAAAAUUCGAAAGCGGCGGGAACUUGACGCGCUCAUUGCUCAUUCCUUUGGAAAGAAAAGGUCCAUUCGACGAACUACUUUAAACAUUAAUUCACAGGAAAAAUUACUAUCUGCGUCCACUGAUGAUGCGGAAGAUUAUGCUUGGGUACAAAUGAACAGACCAAAAAAUAAUCAUAGCAUCUGCACAAACCGUUGUCACAAUCGUGAAUGUAUGAUUUGCAAACCUUUGCUAGUGUUCAUUGCAAUUGCAGUAAUAAUAGGACUACUUUACUGGAUGUACUUGGAUCUACGGCAGGAGAUGUUUGUUUAUAGGAAAAAAAUUGAAGAAGUUGAUCGGUGAAGAAACACAUUGUUGUAAACAAAAUGUUUGCACAAAUUGGAAAAUAGCCCGAAAAAAAGUUUUAG